AUGAUCUUUUUAUUUAUUGUUUCUUUUUUUCAUUUAGGCCAAUGAUGCAAUUGAAUUUUUACCAACGACGUCGUUUUUUAAGUAUCAGGUUCAAGGGCUGCCUCUUUCUCUGGCAAAGGAUCAGGACCCAUGUCUUCGUUUUCCAUCACUCCUCAAAUUUCACCCAAGAGUUCUUCACCAGUGGAAACUAGAAGACUAUUCUCAAUCUGCGCGUCUCAGAGAUCUUCAAUUCCUGUUGGACGCCUUUCUAAAUUCAGAAAUUUCACCUCGCGGUUCCGCAUGAGUAUUGAUAAUGGAAGCUCUAAUCGGAUUGGUGCCGGAGAUGCUGUGAUUAUCGUCGACCACGGCUCCCGUCGCCGGGAAUCUAAUCUCAUGCUGAAUGAGUUCGUUGCUAUGUUUAAGGAUAAAACUGGUUACCCCAUUGUGGAGCCUGCUCACAUGGAGCUGGCCGAACCAUCCAUUAAAGACUCAUUCACAUUGUGUGUUGAACAAGGGGCCAAACGUAUCAUCGUCAGCCCGUUCUUUCUUUUCCCCGGUCGACAUUGGCAACAGGAUAUUCCUUCCUUAACAGCUGAAGCAGCAAAGGAUCACCCAGGAAUAUCGUAUAUAAUAACUGCACCUCUCGGUCUUCACGAACAACUUGUGGAUGUUGUGAACGAUAGAAUAAAUUACUGCUUAAGCCAUGCUGCUGGAGUGUCAGACGAAUGUGAAGUUUGUGCUGGCACAGGCAAAUGUAGAUUUAAUUAGUGUAUGAAAGUAGAGACUUGGGAUGAAAUCGCUCGGUUUUUCGACGACUUUCAUUUGAAUACCAUUCAAUGGCUUGGCAGUUGAAGGCUUGAGAAUCUAUUUAUCUUGUUUUGUAUCAAUACUUUGUAAAAUUUGAGCUCUUUGGUUGUUUUUGUAUAUUAUAUCUUCACAUAUGACUACGGUCUACAACAAUAUGCACAAUAAUAUUAGUUCCCAAAAAUGAUUUUGAGAACAGUUCGAGAUUAGUGAUAGAAAAUCAGAGCUUUUUCAUGAA